AUGGCCCAUGUCGGAAGUAGUGGCCUCUGCUCGGCAUCCAUGCUGGGCGAGAAGCCAGCGGUGAGUGUGGCCAGCAGCACAGCCUUGGCCAUUCGGAACUCCACGAUAAUUGCCCACAGGCUGUCCAUUUAUUUGCCACAGCUUCUGCUGCCCUCGAGGGAUCCCCAAAAGCUCAUUACGGAAAUCAAUUGCCAUGUGGCCCAGUUUCGGGAGCUGCUCAUCUUUAUAGGUCAGGCCAGGGAUUCCCCAGAGCUGCGCGAGAAGAUCAGAAAGCUGAGACGUAACUGCGUGGACGCCUGCAAGCACACCGCUCAUCUAAUUACACCACAGCCGCGUCACUGCCUGGGCAGUCCCAGUGAAAGGAUGCACUUGACUCUGCUCUUUUACCUCACCCAGCAAUUCCAGCAUGAAUUGAUAAAGAGUUAUCGGUUGAUACAGCUGGUGCCUCUGGAUAUGACCGAGUAUUAUGCUCCCUCUCGAACUGCUCCCUCCAAUCUGGGCAACGUGAUAAGCCAGAUAUUGCUUUGUAAACAGAUCAAUCCCGAUUUCCAGCAAGAGGAAUUGUGUAGCAUUGUCAAAGACUCACAAGAGUUGUCAGAGCUCUUGGAGGAGCUGCAAGCCCAUUUGCCCAUGCAAGAGAUUUCUCCCGAAUUCGACCUUGAUCCGGCACAGAAAUCUGAAAGCAGUCUCGUCUCACUCAACACUCCGACUUGGUACGUCCGCCAACGUAGAAGAAGCUGCAAGAGCCGGAGUCGCAGUCUAUGUUGCUGCCUGGCCAAAAGUCAUGCUAAGACCCCUUAAGGGAGCUCUUUUCCAAUCAAAACCAAUCU